AUGGAUGUUGGCCAGGACCAGCCCAAGGCGGCUCAGCAAGUCGACGCUGUCGGCGAGAAGGUUGGCGCCGUCUCUGUCGCGGUCGCUGACAAGGACAAGCAAAAGGAGAACCAGCAACCUCGUGCCAACCAGGCCGACGCUGCCACUGCUGUCGAUGGCGAUGCUGAAAAGGUGGCCGGUACCACGGCCGCUGCUCCUGCUGCCGACAAGGACAAGCAAAAGGAGAACCAGAAGCCUCGUGGCAAUCAGAUCGACGAGCUCUCUCGCAAGCUGGCCGGCAUCGCCGUCGCCCAAGCUGCCCCUGCCGCUGUCGACAAGAAGCUUGAAACCCCAUCUGAGGAGAUUGACGCCGAAGUUGUCAUCGACCUGAGUGCCGUCGACCCGGCCGUGCUCGCUGAACGCGCUGAGCACCAAAAGUUUAUGCAAGAAGCUCUGGAUAUGGCUCGACUUGCGCUUGUGACCAACGAGACUCCUGUCGGCUGCGUCAUUGUCCACGAAGGCGAGAUCAUCGCCAGAGGCAUGAACGCAACCAACGUCACCCGCAAUGGAACCCGUCACGCCGAGUUCAUGGCCAUUUCGGCCCUGUUCUCCGCCCCGCCCAAGGAUGGACCACGCACCACCUGCCUCAAGCCCAAGGUGCCCCCCAAGGUGCCAGAGGGCAAGGAAAACGAUCCGGCUUACUCGCAGGAAUGGCGCUGCCCUGACAAGGGCAACGAGGAUGGCAGCAAGGGCCACCUCUAUCCUUAUGGCCAAAAGACGAUCUCUCUCGAGCGCGUUCCUACCGACAUCCUCGAAAAGAGCAUUCUCUAUGUCACCGUGGAGCCGUGCGUCAUGUGUGCUUCGCUCCUUCGUCAGCUUCGCAUCAAGAAGGUCUAUUUCGGCGCCGUCAACGACAAAUUCGGCGGCUGCGGUGGAGUCUUCAAUAUCCACGCCAAUGGCCUUCCACCUGGCAGCACGACUCGCAUCCAGCCUGAGCCUAAGCGCUACCUAUUCCCUGACGGAGGUGGCAGUCUUGGCGUCUCUUAUCCUCGUGGCGGUGGUCACGGCAGCAAUGUCGAGCCGGGCUUCGAGAUUGAGGGUGGCUGGAGCCGUGAUGAGGCUGUUGGACUUCUCCGCCGUUUUUACGUGCAGGAGAAUGGCAGAGCCCCUGUCCCGCGAAAGAAGGAAGGCCGAGCUGCACGCUUGGCUGCCAUGAUGGAGCAAGAGGCUACUGGCACGUCCUCCUCUGGCGGCGAGGCUGAAGCUGAAAACGCCACUGAUCCUGCUGAAAACGGCUCUGCCGAUGCCAUGGAUAUGGAUGGUGCCCAACCCUCUCCCAAGGACGAGGAAGCCGCUUGA